UGCCUUUUGAACCAGUUUUUGGUUCCCCUUUGCGUUUCUGGCCAUCCCUCAUUUCGUGCUCGUUUCAACGGGGGACGUUUUCGGGAAAUGGUAUGGCUUGAUUAUUUUUAAUUUCUUCUUCACCAUCGUUCGAUUUUGCUUGCGUUUGUGUAAACUAUUUAUUUUCCAAUUACGUUGUCAACCUCACGGCGAAAGGCAAUCACGCUUCGGUUGGUUAUAUUGGCGAAAUGAGGUCUUCAUACUAGUGAUGCAAUGGAUACGGCAGUUUCGUGGAUGAUAAAUUUAAUGGGAAAACUACACCCCGCACCGAUUGGAUACAUUUGGUGUUUGUUCUAGGGAUAGUUAUUUUUCAAUUUAUAAGAUGAAAGAAAAAUCAUGGAAACAGAUUUAUUUUACAUAUAGUAUAGUAGUUUGGUGUUUUAUUUUACAAGAAUAAUUUUCCAUUACUACACACUGGUUGAAUGGACCAUAGGAUGAGUGUUUUAAUGAGCAAAGCAAUUCUAAAAGUCACUAUUUUUUGUGUAUGUGUCUGAGACAAAAGCUCAGCUGGCAGCAGCCAAAACACCCCAGAGGAAGCAUAAAUAAUUAGUACCGUCUAGCCGGUUCGGUUUCACUUCAAACCGUACACUCCGGUUAAUUGCAUUUCAGAGUUCUUGAGCUUUUUUGUCUGUUGAUGCUUUUGCUCAAAGGGAAUAAAGUAGGAUAAGAUAUAACCCCAUCACAUACAGAUCUGCAGCUAAGAACAUAGUUACGGUUGCUAGGGAGUCUGUCCGCUUCUUGGCGUCCUCGUGAAACACUUCCGUGUCAUGCAACAUGCUUGCAUGUGUUGCUAACGCGUGUUAUUCUGCUCUCCUUCGCAAGGAGAAUUUAUGAUGUAACGCAUGCGCAAAAACAAAAGAAUUUACGAUGGGGAAAAGUAAACGAAAACCAAGCAUUUGAGAGCGUAAACUUUAUGAAGUACCAGAAAAAAGAAUCGGAAUUUCAAGGGUAUCUUUUCCCACGAAAAUAACCGGCAAAUAUUCGGGGUUUGUUUUACGUACGUUCUGUGUUUGAUUAUUAUCAUUUACAGCUUUAUGAUCGCAACAAAAUGCCUCUCGAGCGUGUGUGCGUGUGUGUUGCGUGUGGUUUAUCUGGAGGUGAUGUGACUUAUGAGAUUUAUAAGACUUUAGCCUGGAGAAUUAGUAAGGCUGUAAAUCUUAUGCUUAGGUUUUUAUGAGGAAAAAUAAGUCCAUUAUAUUUUUUUCAGAGAUAUUUUACAAAUAUUUUAUUAUUAUUGAUUAUGAUUCUUAAAAAAAAUGAAAAGAUAAAAAAAAUAAUUUUAAAAAUAUUGAAACCAAACUAUUGAGUUGAUAUCAGUCAAAAAAUAAUAUCUUAUCAGAUUAAUCCUGUUGUAAGAUAUCCUGCAGAAGUCAGUUAGCUUGUCAACAUUAGCAACAUUUUCCCCCUCAAAAAUCGAAUGCACUCGGAGAGAGCGAAUCCCCGAAUCCUUCAACAAGGAGAGUCUAUCUACGAUGGAGAGACACGAUUCGGCUAGUUGUCGUAUCGGUUUUUAGAACAUGCAUCCACGAGACGGACGCUUCAGUUCCAAGUUGUGCUUGGUCGGGAUUAGCCGUACUGUACCGCAGAGCGAUACUGGUGUGUUCAACAAUCCACAAAAACCUACCGCAGUGAUUCUAUUGCGAAGUUCUCGCGAGUUGUUUCCUAUCUCUGUGUGUACCGGUUCGUCGUAAGGCAAUAUAUACACAGAAGUAAAAGAACUACAAGUAAAAAAAUCCAAUCCGCUGGAAAUAAUAAACGGUAAAGUACGCAGUGAAGAUAAGUGUAAAGGCAGUUCUUCCUUCUGUUCGUUCCGGCCAGUGUUUACCGUCGGUGCCCCCACGAGGGAAGUGUUUGUGGUGGUGCGUUUGCGUGUGUACGUGUGUGCGUCCAGUGUGUUGUAAGCCGGAUUGUGUGAGGCAAAAAUAAAGGCCAUCUUACCGAUGGUCCGCAGCAGCAUAACCGUAUAGCUCAAUCGCCAAACGUUUUUUUGCCAACGGGUCCCGACGGUGGUCACAAGAGGCCGGUAUCCGGAAACGGAAUAGUAAUUAAAUUUUCUCUACCAGUGCUGGUGCUGCUGGUGCUGCUGCUGCUUCGGUACGAGCUUCUUGAGCUGGGUUUUUGGUGUGCUUAGUCUGGAGGACCUUGGGCCUUGGGCCGACCAAGCAAGCAGUCGAAAAGACGAAACCAUUUUUCGGGCGUUUUGGCGUAGACGGUACAGGACAAGGACAGUCUGCUGCUUGUGUUCGAGCGAAGCGUAACCGAUUCCGAGCAAACAAGAGAGACGCCCGUUGCCGUUCGCCAUUGCAGGAAAAAGGAACCAGUUUGGACGUGCACGGAAGUGAAAACCAUCACAAUGGGGGACGGUGUACGGUCGACGGUCAGCUGGACACGGACGCUUUUCGUUUUGCUUUUAAGCUGCGGAUUAAGCCACAGCUUCCCGGAGCCAUUUAUUUCAACAAUUGAUACUGACGCACCAACCGUCGCACCGAAAUUUAUGACUCGAGGGCAUCUCUACAAGGCUAUCAUCGGCGACUCGAUCGAGCUACCGUGCAAAGUAAAGGAUCUGGGAUCUUAUGUGCUGCUCUGGCGUCGGGGGACUUCGGUGCUUACGGCAGCUAAUUUAAUGGUGACACGUGAUCCAAGAUUCAAGCUGGUCGAGGGCUACAACCUGCAGAUAGCGAACGUGAAAAUCCAGGACGCCGGUGAUUAUAUUUGUCAGAUCGGUGAUAACGAAAGCCGGGAUCAGGUGCACACGCUGGAAAUACUGGUACCUCCCACAAUACGAGUGGUGCCCCAGAAUCGGCAAAUCACCGCCCGGAAGGGUAGCACCGUAACGCUGGAAUGCAAAGCAUCCGGUAACCCGGUGCCGGCCAUCUACUGGCACAAGAAGGAUGCUUUCAGCGGAUCGUCUCAUCUGUCGGAAAGUCCCACACUGCUGCUGGAGCGCGUCGAUCGACAUCAUGCCGGUGUGUAUCAGUGCACAGCGGACAAUGGUGUCCGGGAAGCCGUCCACGUCGAUAUCGAAGUUACGGUACUGUCACCACCAGAUAUAACCGUCGAGAAGACAUGGGUUCACGCUAGCGAAGGUUUCGACAUCGAUCUCGUAUGCAUCGUGCACGGUGACGUAAACUCGGAGAUGCUUUGGUACCAAAACUCCUUCCUGCUGGAUCCGACCGAUCGCCGCUCGAUGUACUCCCGAGGUGACAAGUACACGCUGAACAUACGAAACUUUCAACAAUCCGAUUUCGGAAACUACAGCUGCGUUGCCGACAAUGCCUUGGGCAGGACGAAAAAGUACAUCGAAGUUUCCGGCCGACCCGGCCCGGCAGCGUUUCUGUCACCGGCGUACAGCAACUAUCUCGACCGGUAUAAUCUCACCUAUACGAUAGAGUCUAUCCCACCGCUAGACGAGAUCAAGCUACUUUAUCGAAAGUUGAUGAUGAACGAAACAUAUCAACAUCCGGGCAGCUGGGAGGACACCAUUUUAGUGCCAACAUUAACCAGAUCCGAUCCUACACAUUUUAUUAUGUCGCAUGUGAUAAGGGGGCUUUCGCCGAACUCCGUCUACGAGGUAAUGAUCCAGGCACGGAACGUGCACGGCUGGAACGAGAUUAGUGACAUCCAUCAGUUCUACACGCGUAACUUCGAGCUUACUCCAAACGAGCUGGAGUUCGUCAUGAGCUCAAUCUCCAACAGUGGCCACCGGAAACCAUUCUCCCGGUCGGCAAGCUUUAAAAUGCUUCUCACCUGUCUUACGUUUGGGCUUCUCAGUGUGUCCGCAGUAAGAUGUUAAGUUGGGCAAGUAGCAGUUUGAAGAAAAGAAAAAAAAAACAAAUGCUUAGCAAUUUAUGAUAAUUUCCCAAUUUCCCGUAAGCUUCGUAACAACUGUAACAUAGUUUUCAACGUAAAUGUGUAAAGCAAGUGUCAUUUAGCUCACAGUAAAAAUUCGAUUCCAAUUUUUGGGUAAACAAAAAAACGCGGCAAACAUUUGCAAUCAUAAAGAAUCUAUCGUGCGUCUCGAGAGAAACAGAAGAAACCAAGGUGAUAUAGUCGAUAGGAAGUUGUAGUAGCAGGUGACUUUAAGUUGUUUGUUGUUUUAAGCUCCCAUUACACCCCAUCAGCUAGUGAAUAGUGAACUCCGAGUAAAUGGCUUACAUUAGUAAACUUCAUUAUAAAUAUUACUCGCAAAGCAAAGUAGGAUGAAACUGUAUACAAUGGUAAGAAUCGUGUUUUAUGUGAGUAAAUGUGACAGAGCAUCGGGGAUGAAUAGGUAUGAUGUAGGAAAAAGGAAACAAGAUUAAAAAGAAAAGAAAAAAAGCAGACCGAUGCCGAAUUCCUUUCCCGAAUUGAAUAAUCAACGUAUCCUUAGGUGAACAAAAAACAAAAAAACAAAAAACAAAACCAUCUUUGUGAACUAAUAUACUAAGCGAAUGUCUAUAGCAGUGAAAGUUUUUUCAAAGAAAGAUACAACGGUGAUCCUAGCACUUAGCGAGUAUUGCGUGAGCAGAAUCAAGUGUUUCCGUAGCUGUACAUAUAGAAAUCAUUUCAUGUCUCCCAUCCUUCUACCCCCUCCCACAGUUUCCUUUCCACGUAAUUAUGAAGUCCAUGACCGUGUACACUGGACCGUGAAUGUGAAUCGCUCCAGUGCGGCGAUAGAAUUAACCUCCGGCAGCAAAUAAUCGUGAUAGAUAUUUUUUGGGGGUUGGCGCAUUAAUAGCGGAAUCCUUCCGCUCCGAACGAACUGCUCUGGUCCAUUAGUGGUUCUAGCUACAUAAUAAGCCUUUUGCCUUUUACCCAGAGCCGAACGCUCGUCCACAAAAGUCCCUGAUCCCGGACAUUCUUAAUGGACUUUGAUGGAUCGAGUCACCAGGUUGAGCAUCUCGUACCAGUGCCCGUAAUGGAUGUUGCCAAGGUGUCCCCGAGGUGUAGGUAAAUUUUUAAUUCAUCAUCAAAAUCCCUACCGGAAGCUUUUAUUACCGUGCUCCGGGACGUGGUGUAACCCUUGCGCGAUUGGAAAGUUAACGUACGGCAGGGCAUCCAAGGCAAAGCAAUCCCUUCCCAAAAGCUUGGAGGUUGGGUAGGCGAAUAAGAAAAAAAUCAUCCAACCAAACUCUCACACAAAAACCUCGAAAACAAAAGUUCCAACCGAAGGUCGGGUCGAAGAUGUUCAAUACAUUUCAUCCCAUUUCGGGAGUGUGGUCGAUUUGGGGAUAUCAAGAGAGAAAGAGAGAGAGAGAGUUCCGGGUGGUUAGUAAGCGAAAUGGGACGGGGGAAACUUCUUCAAAAACCGGAUGAUGGAUUUCCACGUUUUUCACCUGGCCACCUGGUAAGACAUUGGUACAGCGAAAAGGGGAGGAAACUGGUUCGGGUGGCCCGGAAACACCCGGGCAAUGUUCGGCUUUUGGGAAAGUUUUUGCGCUUUUUGAAGGCUUUUAAAAAUGGCUACCCAACCGUAGAGUUACCACCGCCAGAGGUUUCGUUGCACAGUUGGUGCUGCUAACUUCGUGCACCGGAACCGAAGCUGUGGAUGUGGUUAGAGUGUUAAAGAAAAUGGCAGAACUGUAGGACACGAGCCUAGCCUAAGAAGGGAUAAGUGAAUGGGUGUUAAUGUUCGCUAAAGUGUUACAGAACCCAACCCCUCUUUAUAGCCGAGUGAGACCCAUGUGGCCUCGUCAAAUCUUAAAAUCCAUCCAACUUUUUUGUGUGUGUUUUUGUGUGUCUUUUGUUUUUAUCCAAGAGAAGGAAAAAAAGGGAACACAAGGAUUCCCCCUGCCCCCAUUUUGGGCCAAUCGCUUUGCUCGGCCACACCAACCGGAGACAAAAGUUUAUUCUCGAAGAAAAUGAUGAAUCUUUGAUUAAAAACACUAAAGUGCCUUAUCUACGAAUAGAUCGAGAAUGCUUUUGUCGCCCUUCUGGUGAUUGGUGUGGGGGAGGGGAGGGAUCUUGUGGGAGGGCGAGCUUCUUUUUAUGGUGGAGAUAAAAAUCACUUCAAUGGUUUUUGGGUGUUAGUAUGGUGCUUUCGAAGCACUAAGAAGAGUCCUUUUUUGAUUUUUUUUUGCUCUUGCAGUUACUUAAAAUAAGCACAGUUAUUUAUUAAAAAAAAUCAACACACUAUCAACGCUUGCAGAUUGAUUCGAUAAUUUUUGAUUCACGCUUUAAUCACACAACAGGUCUCAUUUUCUCACUACGUAAAGGAAACACCCAUUUUCCGACCCAAUUCAUAAACCAUAAGCUAGUAUCAUCCGGGCGUCACAAGCCGUAAAUCAAACAUUAGGCUGCAUUUGCUAGUGUGGAACUUAUCUACCCCGAAAACUCCUUCCCCACCCCAAAAAGUCCCCUAGUCCAGUAGAGUUUGUCAUCGAUAGGAAACGGUUCGGUGGAUAACAUUUAAUUGCGUCAACAAAUGGAACACAUUGGUGUGUCCGGUAGACUCGCUCUGUACAUAGGAAAUGAACAAAUAUCGUUAAAACUGUUCCCAUUCCUUAUCGCAUCGCAGCACCGUAAGGCACCAGCAGGUUUUUUGUCCCUCCUCCAUCCAAAAAAAAAAAUGUUCCCAUGCCCCCCAGCACACUAGAAACAUACGCCGUAAGUAGCCGUCUCUCGUAGUGUGUAGCCAUUGCGAACCGUGAUCCAUCCCGAUCGAAUGGUGGUAGAAUGUAAAUAUUGACUGUAGCUAUAGCACCAUUGAGAAUGCUCAUUGGAGAAUUAGAGAGCCGGAAACAGAGAGAAGAAAACAGAAAUGGAUCAUGCAAAACAGAAAACAGAAAGGAUGAAGUGGGCAAAUCGAAUCUUAACUAAGCGAAAUGUGACGAGAUAAAAGUCUUAUACAUAGUGCGAAAGGAAAAACCCCGUCUAGCCGGUAUGAACGUAAACUUGUGUAAAAUGUAACAGCCAAUAGAAAAUAAAUGAAGAUACUAA